AUGAUCACACUGGUUGGCGAUAUAUUGUUCGUGGUCACGAUCCUCAGCAUUGAGGGAAAGAGGAAGAAGAAUAAAUCCUGGUCAACGGACCAAAUUAUGAUAAUGGUCAAAAAAGCACAUUCUAGUAUUGAUCGCGCCCAUUAUCCUCCGCUCGGCAUCAGUUCUGAGAAAAGUAGGGAGUGGGUGAGGACGCGGGUGGCGCGGCGCGCGCAGCGCCACGCGCCCUGCGCCAUGGGCCACCAACCCUCAGUGCACGUGACAACUUCGAAGGCGGCCCGACACUGCCCGGCAUUUCCCGUUCUAGUAGAC